GGUGCCGCGGACGAGCCGCACCUGCGUCCUGCAGACGCCCCUGCAGGAAUUUCUCCUGUUCAGAUGCAGAUGGAUAGCUGGACAUCUGGUAUCCAUGUUCAGGAGCCAUGAAUUCCAGGAAAGUAACCUCAGAAACACGGAGAGGGUUUCCUGCUGCUAAAGCACCUUCGCAGCAGCCAUCGCGGAUUCUCAUCGUGGAUGUCACGUCGCCUUCAUGGACCAACACCUGCUCGGUGCUCUCCGAAGCGCUGGAAAACACGCUGUGUUUGGCGUGCAGUUUGGCAGGUCCCUGCCGUGUUCCCCUGCUCAGUGUCUACGUGGUGCAGGACCAGCAGGAGUGUCUGCUUCCCUUCGUGCAAGUGAAAGAAGGCUUUGCACGAGUCCAAACCUGCAUUUCAGAGCUCCGUUCGCUACCUCGAGAAGGCUGUUUCCCACAGGGGGGAAAUGGAGUGGUGCAAGCUGUGCAGGAUGGAUUGCAGCAGUUCAAACAGUACAGCAAACACACAGCAGCAGCAGGCUCGACAAGCAGUUCGGUUGAGAUUGCCAUUUUGACUAGCCAGUCAGGCAAAGAAAUGGUGAAGCAGCUGGAAAAGAAGUUAAAAGAUGUAGAUCUUGUGAGCCUGCGAAGAAUGCAGAUCAUUGAGGUGCUGAAGAGGGACUUUCUGGAGCCUGAGGGUGUGGAGCAGAGCACGCCAGCAGAGGAGCCCAGCAGCGACGACAUUGCAAUCCUGGGAAUGGACAUCGACGUUCAGACCGUAGAGGACAAUGUCAUCAGCUUGGAGAUGCUGUUUAAAACCUGGCUUCAUGACUACGGCACAGACAGAGAGCAGCUCCAUCUCCUCCUUCCAUCAGGAGGCUUCGGCCAUGCCACCGCAGCCAAGAGCAGCCUAAUGUGCCUGAAGUGUGAUUUGCAGGAGAGACUGCUCGACCCAGCUCUCCUCUCUGGGACGGCUGAUGGCACCGUGAGAACAGCAGACGUGAACCCACCCUGCCAGCUGGCUGCUUGGCCAGCUACAGCGCUGUAUAAACUCCGGGUUGUAAAGGCUCUGAAGUCUGAAGGGGUCUGUGAGUCAGUACUGUACGGACUGCCCUUCAUCAUCAAGCCCACAAGCUGCUGGCAGCUAGACUGGGAUGAACUGGAGACAAACCAGCACAGCUUCCACGCUCUGUGUCACAGUCUUCUGAAAAGGAACUGGAUGCUUUUGGCCAAAUGUGAGCCACAAAACACUAGUCCGAGCUGGAACAUCACGGUGCAUUCCUACUACAUCGUCGUCCCUUCUGACUCUGCCACGCUGCUUGUCAAAGCAGUCGCCGUCAGGGAGCUCCUGCUGCCGUCAGCCUUCCCGGCCCUCCUCGCUGAGCAUCCUGAAGGGAGUGCCCUGAACAGCCUGGAAGUGGAAGUCACUUACAACCCCCUGCACCUGAAGAACAACCUCUACAAGUACCUGAAGAGUAUGUUGCACAGACCCACGCACAGGCAGCAAGCCCAGCCCAGGGAGCAGCGACCGGAACGGCAUCAGCCCAAGCAGCAUCAGAGCAGAGCCAAAGCCACAGUAGCUCCUCUUCUGAUGGCUCCUUCUCCUGUCCAAGUGUUCAGACCGGCAGCAGUGAGGAGAGAUUCCUGUGAGCACUCCCUCCUCCCUGAAGAGGAUGAUGGGUUCCUGCAGGUCCUGCAGUGAGGAGAUCCCUGGACACCGCUCGACUGUUCAUGCGCAGUCAUGGCUUCGCUUCUGCUAGGCUGCCAAGCCUUGUGCACCGGGCCGGAAGCGGUCAGGCAGGACACUAAGCUUGGCCUUGGUCACAGGCACUUCCCAUUGUUUGUUCCUCCUUGUUUUAUGGUUUGGUUAGUCAUGAAGUCAGCCCGCAGGAAGCCUGCUACCGUGGGGCUCGCUGUCCAGGGAGUCAGCUGUCCCCAGCAACACCGUUUCCCUUUCUCGUCAGCACACAUCACCAGCAUGCAGCAAAUUAUGGUUUCUGAGAACAGGCAAGCACAGCCCACAAACCACAGAUUGUUGUCAGUGAGUACAGAAAAGCUGCAGGCAGGGCCGUGAGGAAGUCAGGCAGAUAUAUAAAGUAGGCGGUAAUGGCAAGCUCUCUCCAUCCUGCAGGGGCAGGUUUAGCAAGGCAUUUGAAUAACCAUGAAACGAGGCUUUUGCAUUUAAUCUCAAAGCCCUGAACACUUCCCUCUUGAGAGCAGCACCACCCGUGAUGACACUGAUUUGCCUGCUUCCGUAUCUGAUCUCACCGUUCAGCUCCUCCUCUCCCCAGCUCUCCAAGGGGUUUGUAGCAAGUGCCCAAGCCAGCAGCGAUGCACCGGCUGGCUCCUGCAGCUGCAACCAGCUGCAGCUGGAGCCCCCGCGCAGCGCUCUGCUCCCAGCCAACUGCUGCUUGGACUCGCUCCUGGCACAUCUGCGCCUGUGGGGCUGUUCUGCAAGCCGGCAUGACGGGUCCUUUUUGCCAGGGCUGAGAAGACAGGGAGCUGGCCUGAAGCUUUCCAGAGAGCUGCUGCCCAGGGCUUGCACAGAGGCCAGUCCCCGUUUUUCAGUGCAGGCACAGGACAGCUGCCUCUGCCAGGGUAGGAGCUGAGGACAGCUCGACUAAACCGAGGUAGGGCAGUCUCACUUGGGCUUCCUGGAUGCUGAGUGUCAGCAGGAGGUUGUGUUCCACUUACUUACUUUGUUCUGAUGGUCUGUUUCAAAAUAAAGUUCUCCUGUGUAACUGUUAA